AAUUCAUUUUUAUUUUACAUUUAUAAGUGUUUUGUCUGCCAGUAUGUAUGCCCAUCACAUGUGUGCAGUGCCCCAGGCAGCCAGAGGAGGGCACUAAAUUCCCUGCACCUGUGGAUAUUAGGGUCCAAAUCUGUGUCCUCUGGAAGAGCAGCCAGUACUGUCUUCCCUCGGCCUCCUGAGUGUAAGAACAGUCUAGGCAAUACAGUAAGAUCCACUUUAGUUUGUAGACUUCAUAGUCUCUGUUGUAUUUACUCACCUCUACCACUUUAGUGAGAAGGAAGCCACGGGUAGCAAUAUACAAAGGGGCAUGGACAUGUUCUAAGAAAAUUGUAGUGAUAUUUUAUUUACGUUUUAAUAAGUAAAGCUUGCCUGAAGAUCAGAGCGCGAAGUUAGCCACACUUGUCAGCCAUACCAGGCCAGGCAGUGGUAACACACACCUUUAAUUCCAACAGCCACACUAGUUAGCCACAGAGGCCAGGUAGUGGUGGUGCACACCUUUAAUCCCAGCACUAGAGAGGAAUAUAAGGCGGAAGGAGACAGGAGCUCGGGGUCUCAGUCUACAGUCACACUUUAUUAAAACAUAAAUAUAAAGUCUGUAAACCAAAAUGUUUACUGCUUUGUCCUUCACCAAAAAGUACUCCAACUGCCCAUCUCACUUGGUAGGUAAGAAAAUAUAUUUAUAACAUCCGUGUCUAAACUGUGCUCAAAGAGAAAAAAAUAAUUAUUUUCAGAAAGAGGAUCUUACUAUAUUGCCCAGACUAUUCUCACACUCAGUAAGACCAGGACUCACCCCCUGCCUCAGCCUCCGAUGAAUGGGUUGACAGACAUGCACCAUUGUACCAGCAAGAGAUUCCACUUUAUGCAUUUAACAGCCUGCAUAGAGUCCCAGCCCACAGGAGGCUGAGGGAAGAGAGUAGGUGUAAAUGCAACUCAUCCUCUUGUUCCUUAAUUAUCCACAUAGCACCUAUAAUAUUGCUUGCAAAAGAAAUACACUCAAGGGCCCCGCCUGAAGUUGACAUGGGGCAUAGCCAUGAGCUAGAACAGCUUCCCUGAGAAGACUCCAUUACCUAUCAGAACAAAUGCUACCUCCAGCUUGGACAGAGGAGAGUUCUGGGAGGAAGAGGGUAGGUUGGAAAACCCACGGUAUACAUUCUUCUUACCAGUCAGUCAGUCAGUCAGUCAGUCAGUCUGUCUGUCUGUAUCAGGACAUUCUUAUUCUGUCACUCAGGCUGGCCUCAUGCUGCCUUUUCCUGACAGGUUUUCCCCAGACUUUCCAGUCCGUACUUGGCUUCCCACAUGGCUAAUUAAGGUCUGUUUGUUUUGGAGACUCAGUUUCCUGUGCAGCUACAGCAUGCAGCUCAUGAGCUCAGAACCAGUUGUGUGCAGAACUUGGACUGUGGAAAAGUGGGAAAGUGGUUCUUCCCAUGAUGGCUUUGUGGUUAGGAAGACAGGGACAAAGUCUUCUGCCUGGGACUGAUUUCUUAGAGUAUGCAUGCCCACUCUUGCUUUGUAGUAGCUUUAUCCAACUGAUAUUUAAUUGGGUGUAAAAUAGGACUUUGACCUUUGAAAGACUCUGGUCCCCUGUGCUAGGCGAGCCUCACUCUUCGUUCACACCAUCAACUGAUGCCGAGUUAACUCUUCCAUUUCCUUCACGCCGGACUAGCAAAGACUCAGGCAGGGCCACACUGUCUUCUGUCACUGGAGCUGGAUUCUCUGAAGGCUCCCUCAAACUUCCCACACUAAUGGCUAAACGAAGAGUUCCAGGUUCUAGGAGUUACCGAGACUCCAUCUCUCUCAGCUGGGAGAGUUUCUACAUCUCGCAAGAGGAAGCUGCAGCCUUUCACCAGGGCGAGACAUUUCUUUAAAAGACACGCUGCGUUAUUCAAGAAGAUCCUGCUCGGUCUCCUGUGUUUAGCAUAUGCCGCCUACUUCCUGGCGGCUUGCAUCCUGAACUUCCAGAGGGCACUGGCAUUAUUUGUCCUCACCUGUCUUGUCAUCUUCAUCCUGGCUUGCCACUUUCUGAAGAAAAGCUUCGGUAAAAAAUUAAUGAGCUGUCUGAAGCCCUUGAAAAACAGCCGCCUGAGGCUUUGGGUGAAGUGGGUGUUCAUAGGAGCCUCUGUGGUCGGCCUUAUCCUGUGGCUGGCUCUCGACACGGCUCAAAGGCCCGAGCAGCUGAUCUCCUUUGCAGGAAUCUGUAUGUUCAUCCUCGUCCUCUUUGUCUGCUCCAAACACCACAGCGCGGUAUGCUGGAGGACUGUGUUUUGGGGCCUGGGCCUUCAGUUCAUCUUUGGGAUUUUGGUCAUCAGAACUGAACCUGGAUUUAAUGCAUUUCAGUGGCUAGGAGAUCAGAUCCAGAUUUUCCUGGCUUAUACUGUGGAAGGCUCCAGUUUUGUUUUCGGUGAUGCCCUGGUCCAAAACGUUUUUGCUUUUCAGUCUUUGCCAAUCAUUAUCUUCUUCGGAUGCGUGAUGUCUAUUCUUUACUACCUGGGCCUCGUGCAAUGGGUGGUUCAGAAGAUUGCCUGGUUUCUGCAAGUCACCAUGGGCACCACUGCUGCCGAGACCCUGGCUGUGGCAGGAAACAUCUUUGUGGGAAUGACGGAGGCACCUCUGCUCAUCCGUCCCUACCUUGCAGACAUGACCCUCUCUGAAAUCCAUGCAGUGAUGACCGGAGGCUUUGCUACCAUAGCAGGCACUGUGCUGGGAGCCUUCAUAUCCUUUGGGAUAGAUGCAUCCUCCUUGAUUUCUGCCUCAGUGAUGGCUGCCCCUUGUGCGCUUGCCUUGUCCAAACUGGUAUAUCCAGAAGUGGAAGAGUCCAAGUUCAAGAGCAAGGAGGGAGUGAAGCUGCCCCGUGGGGAAGAGAGGAAUAUCCUGGAAGCUGCGAGCAAUGGAGCCACAGACGCCAUAGGCCUUGUUGCUAACGUUGCAGCCAACCUGAUUGCCUUUUUGGCUGUGUUGGCCUUCAUCAAUGCAACUCUUUCCUGGCUGGGCGAAAUGGUGGACAUACACGGACUCAAUUUCCAGGUCAUCUGUUCCUAUGUCCUUCGGCCCAUGGUUUUCAUGAUGGGUGUGGAGUGGGCAGACUGUCCACUGGUGGCUGAAAUAGUGGGAGUCAAGUUCUUCAUAAAUGAAUUUGUGGCCUAUCAACAACUGUCUCAAUACAAGAGCAAGCGUCUCUCUGGGGUGGAAGAGUGGAUCAACGGCGAGAAACAGUGGAUUUCUGUGAAAGCUGAAAUUAUUGCAACAUUUUCGCUCUGUGGAUUUGCCAAUCUUAGUUCCAUAGGAAUCACACUGGGAGGCCUGACAUCGAUGAUACCCCAGCGGAAGAGUGACUUGUGCAAGAUUGUGGUCAGAGCCCUCUUCACGGGUGCUUGUGUUUCCUUUAUCAGUGCCUGCAUGGCAGGAAUCCUCUACGUCCCCAGGGGAGCUGAAGCUGACUGUGUCUCAUUCCUAAGCACAAGUUUCACCAACAGAACCUACGAGACCUACGUGUGCUGCAGAGAGCUUUUCCACAGUACGUCGCUGAACGGCACCAAUACGCCUUCUUUCUCGGGUCCCUGGGAAGACAAGGAGUUCAGCGCCCUGAGUCUCGCUAAGUGCUGUGACCUCUAUAGCAACCCUGUCUGUGUAUGAGCCAGGGGAGGGGCAUUUCCAUGACAGUUCUUAUAGAACGGGUUUGUGUUGCCAGACACAUACUUACGCUUCGAAUUCUACAAGGCCCACACUAAAAUCCACCAAGUCAAAGUUCUGGGCUCACUGUGGCCCUGUAUAAAAAUCAGCACCCACCUUUCCACUGGAGUGCCACAUACCAGAAAGAAAUCGCCUCAUAAGCCAAGCUCCCCCUCCCCCCUGACAAAUUAUGGUAAGAAUGCAGCUAACGGGGAAAACAUUGUAAAUGUGGUAAGAGCCAAGAUCCAGGUUCAAUCCCUGGCUCGGCCUGGAGUGGGGGGAGUGAGGGAAACAAACGAAGAUGCUUAGAUUUAAUUCUGGGAUGGUAAUCUCAUAACUAAAUCCACAGCUAAGGAGGAUUGCCUCAGCCUGGGCUGCAGAGCGAGGAGACGGUUUCAGAAACACCAAAAAAUCCAAAAGCGUUUCGUAAAAGUGCUGUAGUCUAUGAUGUGUCCUUGGGCAGAGAUGGAGGUGCGGAGCUAGGUCUCUGAAGUUCUAUGUGAAGCGCGUAUGAAUGUUUAAUGAUAGCUUUUCUGUGUUGUCAGAGAUUUGUAAACUUGAAAAACUCCUUGCCAUCUUCAUACGGCAGCAGAAAUGGUCCCUGUACAUAAAACGUUUUUUUUUUUUUAAAUAAAGAAUUUAUUUUAUUUUUAAAUUA